AUGGCCUUCGUGAUAUGCCUUUUCCGUCGUCGCUCGCAGGACGAUUACGACCACAGCCUCAAGAGCGAAAUCGGGCAUCCCAACCCCCGACCAGACACGUCGCCCACGCCCCUUUCGGGCCACUUGUAUGCUAUACGCGAAGGCAUCCGCUCGCCUUUGACACCUCCACCCCGUCUGCAGCAACGAAGGCUGCUUUCCACCCAUGGGAGCCCCGAGAGACCAAGCAUCAACAUCAACGUCUCCAUCCCAGGAACUCCUCUCGGCGCCUCAGUCGAAAAGGCAGGCGGCUUUUCACCGUCCCCUAUCUCGCCGGCCUCAACACCUACGCCUUUGGCAAACAGAAUCCCUCCGAAAUAUGACCGCUCCACAAAGCCAUACUACGGCGUUUCUCAGCUACCGAAUACGUUCGGUGGCGGCGCCGGCCUCCGAUCCUCCGGCAAGACGUCGAGCAUGAGCAGCGCGGCCAGCAGUCGCACCGCCACCACCGUAUCCAACGUCUCAAGCAUAUUCCCGCACCUCACGCCCUCGUGGCCGAUGCGGCCUCCGCGCCCUCAUGAGAAGCCGCUACAUAUACCAGAUCUGGUCUGUCCUGGUCCUCCUCCUGCUCGCUCGCUUCCUCCGGCACCUCCUGGGAGUCCCGCGAGUCCCGUGUCAUUUCACAAGAAACUGCUACUGCAGCAGCAGCAGAAACGAGGGGAUAGUUUCGAUAGUGUCAGCGCUGCUGUCAGCAAUGGGUGGGUUCCGCCUCGGAAUCCUGCCCGGGGCGUGGUAUUGGGGAAGGAGUCAAGGGACUUGUGUGAGUUGACAGAGACUUGUGCGAGAGAGUCGCGAGAAAGGAAUAGCUGGGGUAGCUGGAGUAUAGGAGGCGGUGGAACGGGUGUUGGGACGAGUUCGGUGCAAAAAGGGGGUGGUGUCAAUAGUCCAGUGUUGGAGGAGGCGGAUCUAGAGAGGAUAGGCGGGCGAUACUGA